AUGCUAGACAGACCGAGGGUGGCGGUGAUAGGGCUCGGGGCGUCGGGCCUGGUGACUCUGAAGAAUCUUGCGGAAGAAGGCUUUGAUGUCACAGGCUUCGAGCGCAGCACCUCCAUCGGAGGAGUAUGGAAUUACGACGAAUCAACAACACGGACAACAGCACUGAAAAGUACAUAUGCGAAUGGUUCCAAGUAUAGGCUCUGUUUCACCGACUUCCCAUUCAGUCCCGAUACCCCUGCCUUUCCGGAGGCCGCCCAGGUCAACCAGUACUUGGAGGACUAUGCAUCGCAUUUCAAUCUACAUUCGAGGAUAGAGACCAGUACCGAUAUCGAAAGGAUCACACGCAAUCACGGGAAGAAAAUCUGGGAACUACAGUUACGCAGUAACGUCAGUCCUACAGCUUCUGUUACUAGAGAGUUUGAUAAAGUCGUCCUUGCUACCGGGUUAAACAAUCUCCCAGUAAUCCCUGACAUCAAGGGGAUCGAAAAGUUUGGCGGUGCGGUGAUCCACUCGCAGCAAUUCAAAAGCCCAGGUGACUUUCAGGGAAAACGGAUACUUGUCGUCGGAUUGAACAACUCUGCUGGUGAUACGGCUACCGCCCUGCUUGGGAUUGCAGACAAGAUAUAUCUAAGCCAUCGUGGGGGCGCGAUUUUCCUCAAGCGAUGGCUUAAUAACAAGACCAUUGACCAUGAUAUUUCUUGGUUUAGGCUUCAGGUCAUGCAGAAGUACAUGGAUUACGUUCCUGGCUUUUAUAAUUGGUCCAUUCGUCAAGUGCAAAACAAAUGUCAUCAGCUCCGACCGGAGUGGAAUCUAAACAACGAUUUACCCCCGUUCACACAAUGCCUACCCUUGCUCAACGAUGACAUCGUCGAUGCCAUGCAUGAGGAGAAAAUCGUUCCCGUCGCCAAUAUCACAACAGUCCUUGACCAACAAGCUGUGCUCUUAGGCGACGGCACCAAGCUCUCUGAAAUCGACGCCAUCAUUUUCUGCACCGGUUACAAACCCAGUUUCUCUGUAUUGGGGGAUUAUGAGCCCGAGUUUUCCCAGCCAUACCGUUCACCGAGACACCCAAAAGAGAAUACAAAGCAGCUUCCGAAGCUUUACCAGAACAUUUUCUCACUUGACUACCCUGACUCUUUGGCUUAUGUCUGUGGUGUGGGUUUUCAAAUGCCUGUGUUCCAUGUCUAUGAUCUGGCGUCCAUGGCACUUGCCCAGGUCUGGAAAGGCGCGGUGUCUUUACCACCCGUGGAAGAAAUGCGGGCCGAGGUCGAGAAGCACUACCAGUGGAUUCUAUCCCGGGCAAGGCUGGGCAGUGUGUCUACAGACCUUGUCCGUACACCGGAUUGGUAUGUAUGGGCUAAUGAAGCUGCUGGAACGAAGGUCUAUCAAAACUUGGGAUACGGAGUGGCAGGAUGGAAGUUCUGGCUUCAAGAUAGAACGUUCUGCAAUGCACUGAUGUAUGGAAUAAACAGCCCGCACAAAUAUCGGCUGUUUGAUAGUCCUAGAAGGAAGAAGUGGGAUGGAGCUAAGGCAGAAAUUCUGAGGGUGGUGAAGGAGAUCGCUGAGAUGAGCUAG